AUGAGGUUUAAUGGAAUUGGAAUUGGUCUCUCCCAGAUCGGGGGAGGGGGUUACUUUGUUUACGAUUUUGCAGUAAUUGAAGACCCUUAUUUGUCAGUUCGUUUUUUUUCGGAUUAUAAAGAUAAGUGGGUGUGGGAUGUUGGUGGUUCUAAUGAGUUCGUUGCUUCAGAGGCCCGUAGAUUCAUUGAUGAUAUUUCUUUCACGGAUGGUUAUCGUUGUACCAAAUGGAAUAAAUAUGUACAUCAUAAAAUAUCUUUUAUCUUUUCAUUUGAAAUUGAAGAUGUGGCAUGGUGGAUCAAUUCUCUUUGUUUGUUGGUAAUUAAUAAUGGAACUAAAGGUUCAUUCCUAGAGAAAGUUUGCAAAAUCAGCAAACCAUUCUUCAGAUUUUCAAAGGAUCCGGUCAACUUAGUGGAGCCACCCCCAAUUCUUAUCGGACUGCCACCACCACCACCAGCAGCACCAGAGGAGUCGCCUCUCUCUCAUAGAUUUGGAACGUCGCCCUAA